CUUUGAUUAAACAUUAAACUUAAGGAAACUGGUGGAGGCACGUGUUCUAAAGUAGACGGGCGUUUGUAAAGUGUCCUUGAUAAUAAAUUUGAAUAUCUGAGGCCAUUGUAGUCUUUGCUUUGUUCUAACUCGUGGUUGGGAGAACUGAGGCAAAGCAGCAACGCAGACUGAGAGCUGAAGAGGCUGAACAUGAAGAGAGGCCAUGAAUUGAAUGGGCCAUGGAGACUGAGCUGUACCCUCCUACUUUCUGCAGUGGUGGUCUCUCCAGAUCAGAACAGAAGCAUGUUGGCAGAAGAAUUUAAUAUAAGUUGCAGAUAUGCAGGAGUUUUCCAUGUUGAGAAAAAUCGUCGCUACAGUCUCACACGAGAUGAGGCAGUUGAACUCUGCAAAGCUCUCAAUAGUACCCUGCCAACAAUGGACCAGAUGAAGAAUGCUCACAGUUUAGGAUUUGAAACUUGCAGGUAUGGUUUCAUAGAAGACAAAAUUGUAAUUCCACGAAUCAAGCCAUAUUCUCUUUGUGCAGCAAAUAACACUGGAAUUUACAUACUCGUUUCAAAUAUAACAGACCGGUAUGAUACAUAUUGUUAUAAUGCAUCAGAAACCAGGGAAAAGGCAUGUGAACCAAUCACAAGACUAGAUGUUUCUGGGCAUGAUAAUACAAGUCAAAUAGGUAAUGUAUUGCUCAUAGAUAAUGAAGAUGGCUCACGUUACACUGAUGGUGUGAAACACACUGACCCAACUCCAGUUACAGAUGAUAACCAUGUGAGUAGUGGGUCAAUACAUGACGGAGAUGCAACGAACCCCAACAUCAUCGGAACUCGCAUGCCUGGUACCCCAUAUUAUGAAGAGAUAACCCCAGAUGCACCGUCAACAGAUUAUUCUUCUGGGUCUGGCAGAAAGGAAGAUCAUCCCACAAGUACCAAUGAUAUUGCAACACCCUUCGAUGACAAGCGGGGUGAAGAUUCAACUAUGAUUUCACUGAUAACUGACGGUGUUCCUGGAAAAGAUCAUCCUAGCAAAGGACAGCAUCCCACAAGUACUACCAUCAUCACAGCAGACGAGGACUCCCUACGUGGGGCACAUCAUGAAAACUCUACUCAAAGUCAACACAUUCCUGGAUUUAUUCCUUUGCAGCGGCACUCCACCGAUCACAAAGAAGAGCAUCCCACCGCUGUUAUGAAGGCAUACGAGGACUCUCAUCAUGGAAACUCUACUCAAGGCCAACAGAUGCCUGGAUUUAUUCCUUCCUCUGCAGAUCACAAGGAAGAGCAUCCCUCCACUGCUGGCCAGGCAGAUGAGGACUCACAGGAGAAUAUUACACGUGGUGAAGAUUCUAGGCAAAGUCACUUAAACCGUGGUUCUCUUCCUGAAGGAGACAACAAUGAGGCGAAGGAAGGACAUCCCACAAGCACCUCUGUGAAGCCCAUUCAUGAGGAAACCUCCACCCAACCUCAAUGGAAUCAGUUUGCUGACUCUUGGUGGUGGUGGUCCCAUCCUGACCACAAGGAACAGCAACCUACUCAGGCAACAGGGGCUGUGAACCCGCAUCAUGGUGCACAUGAGGAAACUUCCACCCAACAUGAGGGGAAUCCGUCCCCUGACAUUUGGUGGGGGUCCACUACAGAUCACAAGGAGCAGCAUCGAACCACAGCAACUAAGGAUAAGGAUUCACAAGAAUAUGAAACAGAUGAUGAAGAUUUACUGCAAGAUCCAUUACACUCUGGAUGGGACACAAAUGAUGACAUGGAACAGCACCCUCCAGUUACCACAGUUGUGGUCUCCAAUGAAGGUGCCAAAAAUGAAGACACAACCCAAGAUCCUUUGUUGCAUAAUGUUUAUUUUGGAGUGGAGAAAGAUGAGGACAAGUAUCCCACAAACACUACUGUGGAUAGUGUGAAGCCUGCACAUUUCCCUGCAAAGGAAAGAGAUCAUUCUUCUUCAAGUAUGACUGUGAAUAAUGAAAUAGGACGCAACACAUAUACUCCUACAGUCGUGGUCUCCACUGAAGGUGACAAAAAUGAAGACCCAACCCAAGAUCCACUGCUGAAUGGGGCUCAUCUUGGAUGGAGUGAUAAAGUCAAGUAUUCCACAAAUACUACUAGAGAUGAUGUACUACUUGGAGUUAUUCCUUCACGUGGAAGUGAACAUUCAACUACAGCUAUGGUCUCCAGUGGUGGGACCAAACAUGAAGACUCAACCCAAGAUCCACUAUUGCAUACUGUUCAUCCUGGUUGGGGCAAUGCAGACAAGUAUCCCACGAAUGUCACUAGGGAUGAUGUGCUGACUGGAAUUAUUCCUCCAAGUGAAAAAGAUCAGGAAAAGGAAUCAUCUCAUACAGCUGUUACCUCCAAUGAUGGUGCCAUAUAUGAAGACUCAAUCCAUGAUUCACUGCCUCCAGAUAAUCAACCAGGAUGGGGCAGUGAGGAUAAAUAUCCCACAAAUACCUCCAGGGAUUAUGUUAUACCUGGACUUAUUCCUGAAAAUGAAGACGAGUCUUAUACAGCAGUUGUGGUCUCCAAUGAAGGUGCCAAAAAUGAAGACACAACCCAAGAUCCUUUGUUGCAUAAUGUUUAUUUUGGAGUGGAGAAAGAUGAGGACAAGUAUCCCACAAACACUACUGUGGAUAGUGUGAAGCCUGCACAUUUCCCUGCAAAGGAAAGAGAUCAUUCUUCUUCAAGUAUGACUGUGAAUAAUGAAAUAGGACGCAACACAUAUACUCCUACAGUCGUGAUCUCCACUGAAGGUGGCAAAAAUGAAGACCCAACCCAAGAUCCACUGCUGAAUGGGGCUCAUCUUGGAUGGAGUGAUAAAGUCAAGUAUUCCACAAAUACUACUAGAGAGGAUGUACUACUUGGAGUUAUUCCUUCACGUGGAAGUGAACAUUCAACUACAGCUAUGGUCUCCAGUGGUGGGACCAAACAUGAAGACUCAACCCAAGAUCCACUAUUGCAUACUGUUCAUCCUGGUUGGGGCAAUGCAGACAAGUAUCCCACGAAUGUCACUAGGGAUGAUGUGCUGACUGGAAUUAUUCCUCCAAGUGAAAAAGAUCAGGAAAAGGAAUCAUCUCAUACAGCUGUUACCUCCAAUGAUGGUGCCAUAUAUGAAGACUCAAUCCAUGAUUCACUGCCUCCAGAUAAUCAACCAGGAUGGGGCAGUGAGGACAAAUAUCCCACAAAUACCUCCAGGGAUUAUGUUAUACCUGGACUUAUUCCUGAAAAUGAAGACGAGUCUUAUACAGCUGUGGUCUCCAAUGAUGGUGCCACACAUGAAGACUCAACCCAAGAUCCAUUGUUGCACAGUGUUCAUCCUGGCUGGGGCAAUGAAGACAAGUAUCUCACAGCUAUCUCUAGGGAUGAUGAGCUACCUGGAAUUAUUCCUCCAAGUGAAACUGAACAUAAAAAUGAAUCUUCUCAUACAGCAGUGGUCUCCAAUGAUGGUAUCAAACAUGAAGACUCAACUAAAGAUCCACUGGCACCUGGCAUUCAACCUGGAGGGGAUAAUGAAGACAAAUAUCCCACAAACAAUCCCAUUGAUAAUUUGAUACCUGGAGUUUUUUCUGACAUUGAAAUUGGACAUGGCAGAGGACCAGCUUCUACAGCCACCAGUUCUACACUUAACAAACACGAUGGCAGAAGAGCAAAUCCAUCUGGACAGGUCACAACACCAAAAACAGCUUCACAGCCGAGAUCAGCCCAAAUACCAGAAUGGCUGAUCAUAGUGGCUUCUCUUCUGGCACUGACAUUGAUUCUGGCAGUCUGCAUUGCUGUCAACAGCCGGAGCAGAUGUGGGCAGAAGAAAAAGCUAGUGAUUAACAAUGGCAAAGGGUCAGUGUCAGACAAGAAGAUGGGUGGACUGAAUGGAGAAGCCAGCAAAUCUCAAGAAAUGGUGCACUUGGUAAAUAAACAACAGCCAGAUAAUCGAACAGGACCAUGUGAUGAAUUCCUGACCACAGAUGAAACGAAAAAUCAACAAGAGGCUAACAUGAAGACUGGGUUGUAACAGUGUCUCGAUCGAGAGUUGGGGAAAUCAAAAUCACAUGGAACUGGGCCUGGAACUCACAGAUGCAAUGUGCUACUGACGUCUUUUGAGCAUAAUUAAGCAUACAUUUUAUUCUUUUUAAUAUUUUUAAAAAUCAGGUCCAAAUUUAAAAAAUUGAUAUUGCUUUCUGAUAUAAGCGCCUGAGACUUGCAUAAAUUUGGCAGUUCCCAUUUCCUAUCUGGAAGACACUUAUAUGUAAGGAGGGAUGUUAGUUGAAAUCAUAUUUUCUCCAGUUGCAGCACCUUCACUAAGUGGAAAUUCAGAAAUAUCUAGUCAUUCCAUCUCAAAGGCAUUUAUGAUACUAAAUUUACAUGGUAUGAGCAUAAGUGAGGAAUAAACAUCUAGAGAAAAAUAGAGUUAAAGAAAAAAGGACUUCUGUAGAGUUUGUAUUACACCAGAGUUUUUUAAAAUCACCUUUCAGCCCUGUGGAGUUUGUUAGGUGCAUUCAGGAUCUACUGGUAUAGGCAAACUGACAUUUUAGAAUGAUUACAGCUAGGGGCUACAAUGAGAGAACCCCAAAAGGACAAAACUAUUUAGCUCUAUUUUUUAAAUGCCCAUGCAUAUAUAAUGUCAAUCAUUUUUAUUGGGGUGAGUGGGAAAAGACAUGAAAACUUGAGCUGAUAAAUAAUAAUCUUCUAUUCUUUAUUAUCUUAACAAUCUGUGCAGUUAUCCUUCAGUUUCAAAGCUGUCUGUUGCUGUCCCCCCCCAUCAAUCAUAUUUUGAGUAUGUUCCCUAGUGAACCUUGUUAGUUAAGUUGACAAAUAAAUGCAGUGACCACAACUCAAACACAUAUUUCAAAAUCUAGCAAUAGGAAAUGAUCAAAUAAGAUGGCAAUAUUUUGUUUCUUGCCGAAUAGGGCUUUAUCUAUCCCUGCUCUCAGAUUUAUCAAAAGAUGUUGAGCUUAGCACAACCUGUUUUUCCCCAUAAUUGUUGCAUGCUACACUAUCUUGCUGAUAUUUUAACAGUCAAAUUAAAAUUAUGUGAUGUUCUC